UCUCGCUUGAGUCUCACAGUGACUGAUUUGUGUUAUGUUGAUAAGAACGCGCUGUGGACGAUAUUUUUCUUGUUUAUUCAUAGAAUAACAAUGGUCUGCAAAUUGAUGAAAUACGAAAAGAAAUUUUAGGAAGAGGAAAAUUAAUAACACGAUUGCUCGAGCAAGUAAAUUGAAAAAUGAAUAAAUACGUGAAUUUGGCGAACGUGAGCACUAAUUAUGCCAUGCGUAUGAACCGCUUGAGUAAUCGAAUUUUCGGAGAAGUGGUCAGACCGACUAACAAGAAAUCGAUGAAAGUCGUGCAGGUCCUCAGUGAGAAACCGAUUCAAAAACGACCGGAGAUCGUGGACUAUUACCCAAGAUACGAGGAGACGGAUAAACUAAUGACCUGUCUGCGAAAUUAUGGUCUAUACAGGGACGAGCAUAAAGAUUUUAAAGAGGAAUAUGAACGUUUGAGGGAACUUCGUGGUAAAACGAAAUGGAUACCACCUCCGUAUAGAAAUAAAGUAGCAAAAUCAUCCGAAAAUUAAAUAUUUUGAGCUAUAAAAUAUGUAUUUUAUUUAUAAAUAAUACGUUGCAAGUUAUGGAGUAGAUUACGAUUAAUACUUUUUUCAUAGCUCUUUUAUCCCCAAAAGUUAUAUAUCCCUCUUACAUUGAUGUUGAAAAGGUUUUAAUAUAUUUGAAUUGACUGAAAUAA